AUGGGCAAAGCAACUGUUCUGUACCGUCUGGAAGCAUUUUCUGGCACCCCAGAGAGUCAUGAAUGUAGUCAGUCAGUGAAGUAUCUGCGGCGUGUACUGGAGCUAGAUCCAGAUGAUUCAAUGGCCAUGGUGCUGCUGGCCUUAAAAUGGAAAGGAUGCAGUAAAAAGGAAGAAGCAAAUAAAUUAGUUGAGCAAGCAUUGCAGAAGUCCAGUAAUGAUCCAUAUGUGCUUCGCUAUUCGGCAACAUUUUACAGAGAGGAAGGAGCAGUGGAGAAAGCAAUCAUUCUAUUGAAGCAAGCGUUAGAAUCAACUCCACACUCGUGCUUCAUACACCACCAAAUUGGAAUAUGUUAUAAAAUUAAACUGAACAAGCUUGAUAAUAGAAAUCCUCGCAGCCCCGCAACUCAGCAGCAAACUGAGUUGAUCAGUCAAUGUAAAUAUCACCUUGGAAAAGCCUUUGAGUGCCGUCCAAGGUCAGCUAUUAGACCAAUGCUGGAAUUUGCAGAUAUUUGCAUAAGAAGUGGAGAUAAUUUUAAGGCAGAGGAGAUCUACAAUAAUCUGGUGAAAUUGGAGGACAUCCGUCCAGAAAACAUACAGCUGAUAUGUUUACGGGCUGGGUCAUUUGAAUUCUAUCAGAAAGGAUCGGAAUCAAGUGCCAUCAGCCUAUUUCUGGAAGGGGUGAAGAUUGAAUAUGAUUCAGGAGAACGGAAAAAGUGUAAGGAAAAAUUGGAUAAAAAACUUUGCUCUGCUCCACAUGACAGCAGAGCUCUUGGUGUGAGAGGGUUAAUGUAUAAGAUGGAUGGGAACAAGUCCAAGGCUAUUGAAUACUUUGAAAAGGCCUUGAAGAUUGAUCUUGAGAAUGAAGAAUAUCUGUGUGCUCUUUCAGAAUUAUGUCUGAUCUAA